GAGCGGGCCUGGCCCAUCCCGGGCUUCAAAACCGCCACCCGCCUAGCGCGGAGCGUCCCUGCUCGGCCCUGGCUGGGGCGGCGCCGAGUGCCCCCGGCCCGGUGUGUUGGGAUCAUCACCCGCCGGCUCAGCCGGAGCUGCCGCGGGGCCGGGGCCCGGUUCAGGCUCGGGCGGGCCCGCAAAGUUCGGCCCGGCCGCAGCGCGAGCCGCGGGGCGGUUCAGAGCCGGGCGGAGCCGAGUCCCCGCCAUGGAGCACCCGAGCGGGCCGGUCGGCCUGGAGGCGGCGGAGCCCCGAGCCGAGCGGCGGCCCUCGGGGACCCGCAGAGUGGGCGGUAUUGUGAAACCUCGUCUGAGCUAUAGCAGAGAGCUAGAAAUUAAAACUACCCUUCAGGAACUGCUGAUCUACAUCAUUUUCCUUACAGAUCUAUGUAUAUUGACAUUUGGCAUGGUGAACACAGACAUGUAUUACUUGAACAAAGUUAUGUCAAAUCUCUUUCUGGAAACCUCUGUGUCUGAGACAGAUAGAACUUCCUUCAAGACCAUAGGCAGCAUGGUUGAUUUCUGGAAGUUUGCAGAAGGACCCCUGCUUGAUGGUCUCUACUGGGACACAUGGUACAACAACAAGACAUUGACCAGCCACAAAAACAGCAGUCAUGUUUACUAUGAGAACUUACUUUUAGGAGUAGCCCAGAUUCGUCAGCUAAAAGUCCGUAACAACACGUGCGCCAUCUAUCCCUAUUUCCGAACAUUUCUGAAAGAGUGUUAUCGCGAAUACCGCUAUGUAGCUGAAGAUAAAUCUGAUUUUGGUCUAAAGAAUGGGUCUGUAUGGAUGUAUUCCUCUGCAUCCUCAUUGGCCCCCUGGCACUGGGGAGCCAUGGGCCUUUACAGCGGUGGAGGAUUUACGUUCACCUUACCUAAAUCAAGGAGUGAGAGCAUAAGGAAGCUUGCGUUUCUCAGACGUAACGGCUGGCUCACUAGAGGGACAAGAGUCGUAUUUAUUGACUUCUCAGUGUAUAAUGCCAACAUAAACCUCUUUUGCGUAGUCAGGUUGGUAGUGGAAUUCCCAGCCACUGGUGGUGCUCUUCCUUCUUCGCAGUUUUACUCAGUAAAGCUUCUCAGAUACGUCACUUAUUACGAUUAUUUCCUUGCCUCUUGUGAAGUCAUCUUUUGCCUCUUCAUCUUUACUUUCAUCAUCCAAGAAAUUUUAAAAGUUAAAAAACUGAAAACGGAAUAUUUUAAAAGUGCCUGGAACUGGCUGGACAUGCUGCUGGUGUCGCUGUCUAUCUUUGCCAUUGCCUUCAAUAUGUACCGUACUGUAGAGGUGUCCUUGCUGAUGGAAAGCCUGCUCUCUAAUGCCUAUGUGUAUCCAGACUUUUAUUUCCUUGCAUACUGGCAAACCCGUUACAACAACAUGAUUGCUAUCAAUGUCUUCUUUGCAUGGAUAAAGAUAUUUAAGUUCAUAAGCUUUAACAAGACGAUGACUCAGCUGUCUUCCACUUUAUCCCGCUGUGCCAAAGACAUCAUCGGAUUUGCCAUCAUGUUUUUCAUCAUAUUCUUUGCAUAUGCACAGUUAGGCUACCUGGUCUUCGGGUCACAAGUUGAUGAGUUUUCCACUUUUCAGAACUGCAUUUUUACGCAGUUUCGCAUAGUGCUGGGUGAUUUUAACUUUGCGAGCAUAGAGCAAGCCAACCGAAUUCUCGGCCCCAUUUACUUCAUUACCUUCGUGUUCUUUGUGUUCUUUGUAUUGCUGAACAUGUUCUUGGCUAUUAUUAAUGACACAUAUUCAGAAGUGAAAGCUGACUUUGCAGUGGUACCGAGUAAAGAAUUUGAGAUCAGUGACCUCAUUAGACAGAGUUACAAUAAAGCCCUUGUGAAACUCCGGCUGAAGAAAUCGAAGAUGGAGGAUUUGUAUCCGGCAGGUGGAAGCUUGCAAAGCAUGAAAACCAAGGGGCAUUCUGCCUCCAAAACAGACGAUGCUUUGAAGCUUUCCAGAAGAUCUAGUGUGGAUGAGAAGGGUUAUCUAAAGUCACCACAGCUACAGAAGUGGAAGGAGACGCUUCACCAGAAGUAUCACUCCGCCGAGAAUAAGGAAUUGGCCAUGGCUCCUCAGGACCAAGUCUCUCCUCAGGAAUUUCAGCAACUUUUCAGAUACGCGACGGAACUGGAGAAGCGACUAAAUGAAGUUAAUGCGAAGCUGAGCAGAGUUCUGAAAGGCAUGCCUGACCUGAAAGGCUCUCCAGACAAGAAACAGAGAUAGUGAGCCUGAAGAGAGACAAACAGAGCAUAGUUUCUGAGUAGGAAUUUGGUGACUGACUGGCCGGACAGCAAGCGCACCAGGACCGAGCCAGGCCCAAUGAGAACGUGAUCCAUUCCCACUCCACUCCCCGCUGUAUUCCAGCCAGUUGAGAAUGCCGGUCACCCCGAGGCCUAGUGAAUGAGGGAUGGAGACAAGCAUCCACAGGCAGUAGAGAGGGAGAAAACCAGCUUCAAACUUCAGUUCUUACCUAAGCUAGAUUCGAGCUCAGGCCUCCAAAAGUGAAAAAAUUAAGCACACAAAAUGCAGUAAGUCCUGGGAGCUGCCAGCAGACAACUGCAACUCAGUAUUGGAUCUUAUCUAACCAGAGAGCCUGGCGAAGCGAGAGGAAAACUGAAGACCUGCCAGCUCAUCUAAUCUAUCCCCCGACAUUGCAGACUUGUUGCCUACACGGUGCUUAGUAGCGCUUUGUCCAGUCUAAUCAUAUAUGACCCAAGCAACAUAGUUACUAGGCUUAACGAAGCCCUGCCUCUAACACCUUAUCACCAGGCCAUGGGAGUCCCUGCCCAUUAUGUAACCUUCAGAGUUUUAGCUCUUUUUUCCACUGUCUCUGCAAACUUUCAGGGGUGCAGUAUCAGCAACCCAACAUUAAAAAGAGUCAGAUCCCACUUCCCUCUCCCCCCCCAAGUCAUAAGAUUCAAAAUAAAAUAAAAAUAAAAACCUAAAUUUAUUAUUUGCCUUCUGAGCAUUUGAGGAGUUCGAGGAUCAUAUUUCAAGGUUUCCCCUGGCAACCCUGGGGGCUAGAAACUGCCUUCUCUUUCUAAGUAGAAGAGAGAGUCUCAUGUAUUCCUGCCUCCCCACAAAAAGUCAAGUUAAUUUGCACCCAGUGAUUGAUAAACACCUGAAUUAGGAAAUUAAUUCUCUUCCAGCUGUGGCUGAUGGAUGGCAAGGUAAUGGCUAAACGGUGAAGUGCUAGAUAGGAGUUUGUAAUUAUAAGAAUUAUUAGAGAAGAAUGAACUUUGUUCU